AGAAGAGGAAUUGCCGUAAUUGACGCAGUAAUAUCAGGCAUCUGUACCGGCGACAACACUGGGCGAUCGAUUUCAGUCGGUCGGCUCGUUGUCAUGGAGCGAUCCCUUAGUGUCAGCAGGGAUGAUUCAUCUCCUUGCUCCCCACCUUCUCCAGCAUCGGCGCCUCAACCUCCUCCUCCUCCUCCUCCUGCUCCUCACAACGUCCUCCUUUCUCCUCGUCACCCCUCUUCUAUUCCUCCCUCCUCUCCCACAUCAGGACUGACUCCUCCUCUUCCUCCUCCUCUCCGACGGGGAAGGCAGAGUUUUGCGGCAGCUAUGGUGGACGUCAGCAAGUGGCCCCUGUUCUCCCUGCUGAACGCAGAGGAGCUAGCCACAAUCCGACAGGCCUGUGUCUUUGGGACGUCUGCCAACGAAGCCAUCUACAUUACACAUGGCAAUGAGGUGUUUGUGCUUGGGUUGAACAGCAGUGGCUGCCUCGGCACAGGGGACGGUCUGAGCACCAUUGUGCCAAAGAAACUGGACUUCCUGCGGGGGAAGAAGGUAGUUAGCCUGAGCUACGGCAGCGGGCCGCACGUCCUCUUGGCUACUGAUGAUGGACAGCUGUUCGCUUGGGGUCACAAUAGCUACAGUCAGAUGGGGAAUGGGUGUACAAACCAGGGAUUGUCUCCAGUGCUGGUCGCCGCUAACCUACAGAACAAGAAAGUGACACAAGUGGCUUGUGGCUCUCAUCACUCCAUGGCCCUCACUCACGACGGAGAGGUCUUUGCGUGGGGUUAUAAUAACUGCGGCCAGGUUGGCUCAGGCUCCACAGCCAAUCAGCCCUACCCCAGGAAAGUCACCGGCUACCUGCAGGGAAAGACCGCAGUUGGCAUCACGUGCGGGCAAACUUCCUCCAUGGCUGUCAUCGACAACGGAGAGGUCUAUGGCUGGGGGUACAAUGGUAAUGGACAGCUGGGUACCGGUAACAAUGGAAACCAGCUGACGCCUUGCCGCCUCGCCGCACUCCAAGGGGUGUGCAUUCAGCAGAUUGUAUCAGGCUACGCACACUGCCUGGCGCUGACAGACGAAGGUCUGCUGUACGCCUGGGGAGCAAACACCUACGGCCAACUGGGAACUGGAAACAAGAGCAACCACCUCAGCCCUGUACAAAUCAUGGCUGACAAAGAGAGGAUCGUGGAGGUGGCAGCGUGCCAUUCAACACACACUUCAGCAGCCAAGACCCAAAGCGGGCAGGUGUAUAUGUGGGGUCAGUGUCGGGGUCAGUCCAUCGUCAUGCCACACCUCACGCACUUCACCAGCACCGACGACGUCUUCGCCUGUUUCGCCACGCCCUCCGUCAUGUGGAGGCUCAUUUCUGUGGAGCACGAUGACUUCCUGACUGUAGCGGAGGCUCUGAGGAAAGAGUUUGACAGUCCAGAAACGGCUGACCUAAAGUUCAGCGUCGACGGCAAAUGCAUCCACGUACACAAAGCCAUGCUGAAGAUCAGGUGUGAGCAUUUCCGGUCCAUGUUUCGCUCCCAGUGGACGGAGGACCAGCAGGAGGUGAUAGAGAUCGGCCAGUUCUCCUACCCAGUCUACAGAUCCUUCCUCCAGUUUCUCUACACGGACACCGUCGACCUUCCACCUGAGGAUGCCAUCGGCCUGUUGGACUUGGCCACCUCUUACUGUGAAAACCGCCUGAAGCGUCUGUGUCAGCAGAUCAUCAAGAGAGGAAUCACGGUGGAAAACGCCUUCACCCUGCUGUCAGCCGCCAUACGAUAUGACGCAGAGGAUCUGGAAGUGUUUUGUUUCAGGUUUUGUGUAAACCAUCUGACUCAGGUGACUCAGACCGAAGCCUUCUGGCAGGUGGACGGAGCGAUGCUCAAGGAGUUUAUCAGCAGGGCCAGCCGCUGCGGAGCCUUCAAGAACUGAGUGCGUUUUUUGGUCAUUUUUUUUUAUAUAUAUAAAAUCACUUGCAAGCUAAUGUCCUGACAAAGUGGAUGCCGUUGUCCUCCAGAGUGUGGCGCUGACCUUUCAGCUCUGAUCACGAGCUUGAGUGAAUUCUGAGACUUUUUUUUAAUCUGCAUCCUUUAUAAGUGGCAGGACUCUAAUUGGACCUGAAAUCAGCACUUUGGCCACUUCCUGUGGAGUCGCUCAACAAACUCGUGGCGCCUUUUCUCUGUCACACUGCAUUAUAUUCUUUACAUGCUGUAUUUAUACUUGAAUUUAUUUAUUUGUUUCCUCCUUUUACUUCUGGAAAAGUUAACUCUAUGUGAGACCACUAAGGAAGCAGAACGGUAGGAAAGGGAGACUAGCUCAAAGAACAGCCAGUGUCUUUGUUAGGGAACUGAAAGACACAUUUUGUCAAAAGGGGUUAGAUAACUGACCCACACUGGCCAGGACACUAGUACCACUGACAAACAUCUACUUUCAUUUUCAGGCAAAAGCAGCUACUGAAUGUGCUGAACCUUCAUCUCUAAUUUAACUGUCAAAGCAGAAAUUCUGUAGAUUUUUGGUAGCUAAAACCCAUUGUGGGAUGUAUAGUGUUUUUCCUUUCUAUACUCGAGUCAGUUUUCUUUUGGUAUCUUCACUCUGCCUCACAUAAACUUUUUGCUCUAUGGCACUUUAAGAAAUGACAUUUGCUUCUUCUUUGAUAUUCAGUAAAAUUGCACAAAUUCUUUAAAACACUGUGGAAGGGAAGACUAAAUAACUUGAACCUCAAAAGCAACAGCAAACAUUUGAGGCACUGUUACGUAACCAGUGGCUUUAUUCCUUCUUUGCAAGUGUGAAAUGUAUGUAAGAUGGGUGGCAUGUUACAGAUGGUAUAUAUUCUAAGAAUUUUCCUUCAGCCACAGGGACUUUUAACAAACUUAUCCAAGGUGACUGUUUUCAUCUGUUUGUACUUACUAAUUUGUUUUAUUAAGAAGCAAAUAAGCAGCGCAGCAAAGCGAGAGAGACCAAAAUGAUACUUUAGUAAUUCCUUGGUAAUUUACAACAUUUUUUACAGGUUUUGUCUGUAGAUACCGUGGAAAUGCACUGCGAGAUAAAGCAAUACAAACACUUUGUUGAGACAUGAGAUGAUUUCUUUGUAUUCUGUUUAGUUUGAGCUUCUGAUGACCAAAUUCGGCCUGUAGGUCCCAGUUUCUGCUGCCAGGCGAGUUGGACUGUUACUGACCAGAUCAGACCGAUGAGUUCAGUUUCUCUUUAUUGAUGCACUCGGAUGCUUGAAAUAAUCACAUUCAUGUGGUUUGAACUUGAGUAUGAUUUCAGUUUAUUAUAAGAGCACAGUUUUAUUCAGGUUAGAAAACAAGGUGAGGUCAGGGGGCGAAUGAUUGCUUCAGAGGAAUGACAAGCAGGUUUACAUUUUUUCCUCUUGUUUUAUGUGAAAAGCAAACUGGGAAAAAAAAAAGAUUGUUUUACUUAAUGCAUUAAGAUAAGAAUAUAUAUUUUUAUUGUGUAGGACAAGUUUAUAAAGCUGCUGGUGACUGGUUUAAAUUCAGCUUACAGCAUAGGGCUUUACUUUGAAGCAAUCAGCAUGAGCAUGGUGGGACUUAUAUGGCUGUUUUUGCUGUUACAUGACUGUUGUUUUACUUUAUUAUACUUUAUUUUUUAUAUUUUGCGAUGGGAUGAUAUGUUUCUGUAAAAUAAAAAUAAAUAAGUCCGA